GAGGGCGAGCAGAGGAGGUUACUUUGGGAAGCCGCGCAGCUCGCUCAUCCCAGCCCCGUAGUUCGGAGGGAGUGUGUCAUGUUACAGGGGAGCCACGAUCAGCCAGAGCACAACGUCGCCGCAGCAGCUGAGAAUUACCUCUCUCUAAUGGGGACUUUCAUGUGCGAGCUCCUGGCCAGUCUGCGAAGGAACUGAAACUGACAGCUUAGAAAGAAUCAAAAACCUACCAGCGAACCAAAAGACUGAAAUACAGGAGGGAAAAAAAAAAAUCUUGAUCAGAUUAUUUUUUUCCCCCUCGCACUCUUUGCUGCAGUUGGAUCCCUUUUUUUCUGCACCCCUUUUAUGACAGGGAGGGAAUGUUGGAGGAGAAGAGCUGGAAAGGCGUCGACGAAGCAGCUUUUGACAGGGGGUGUGUGGCUCCCCCCAGGACCGGCGAUGGGGAGAGAUGCUGCCGCCUCCCUCUCCUGCUGGGCUCGGGGCUGCCCGGCGUGUCCCUGCUCUCUCUGGUGCUGAGCCUCCUGCUGUACUUUCGGACCUCCGAUCUGCAGUCCCGGGUGUCCCACUUGGAAGCGGACAGACCCACGCAGCUCCCUGCCUGGCUCUCAGCAGACCAAAUGGAGACAGCUAUUUUGGGAAGAGUUGACCAACUGCUCAAUGAGAAAUUAAAGUUCCACUUGCCAAGACAUCGAGAAGUUCGAGACACACACCAGAGAUGCAACUGCCCGGCAGCACAAGACCUUGGGAAUCCUUUUCCUCUAUGCAUUUUUUCCCUGGUGUUUAAAACGCCCCAAGGACCAGACAAGAUGACUUUUGCGGGAGACCAAGGUAUUCAGAAGCGUCAAGAUGUUAUAACCUCUGUCAUUCCUUCUGUCCCCACUUAG